AUGUCCGGUACUAUUGAGGCAACUCUAGAAGAACGAACAAGUCAUCGUCAAACGACCUUCACAUUCGCUCAAUCUUCCGAGGUCAUAAUCGCUGGUGGCUGCUCAAUGUUGAUUCCGGAAAAUAGUAAGGUGGAUGAGGAUACUACGAUGGACGAUUCUCCUGAAGAUAUAACAGCCGAUCAACCGCGGAAGAGGGCCGCUGUCGGAGAUGGGAUAUCCGCAGGCUCAGCGUCUCGAGAGGCUUCUGGUUCGCCGCCCCCACAACGAUCCAAAGCUCAAGCACCCCAGUCUCCUAUGGAUGCGGACUCUCGGCGGCAAAUCCCUACUUCUCAAAGACCGAAGGGCCAUUUGUGGACUCCGGAUCAGGACUCACCAUCCACAAGAUCAUCGUUUGAUCCGUCCAACAUCGCAUCUAUUCAAGAAAACAAAACACGGGCGCAGGCGAUGAAACCAAGCACACGUAGAUUAUUUAAAUCUUCCCCCCAGCUUGUACCACGAUCAGCCCCUCAUGCAAGUCAGUAUAACCACUACAAUAGCCAAUCAGCUGCCCCACCUGCUGUGCUGCAUACGAGAAGUACUUCGAAUCAUGAAUCCAAAUCUCAAGGUGAAGAGUAUACUAUCAUCCUUCAGCCGGAGACCAGACCCAUUUCGCAAGAGCAGCUCGUAGCUGAAGUAAAGGGCAUCUAUGCUGGACUCGUUAUAAUUGAAGCGAAGUGUAUAGAAAUGGAUAAUAAGCAAGCUGGCUUGACGCAAGGGGAUUCCUCUCCCCCGCAGGAGUUCAACAAUGAGCAAUGGCAAGCAUUGAUUGCUCUACAUCGUACUUUACUUCAUGAGCACCACGAUUUCUUUUUGGCGUCCCAGGGUAAAAUACCAAACUUCAAAGUUGGUACUGCCCCUGGUCUCAACGGUGUCCCACCCGGCCACCAACAAUAA